AGUUCUCGGAUCUUGGCCCUGUGUGCAUGACAGUUCGCGAGUUUUUCUGCAAAACCUACCAUCAUGAGUAAUAAAAACGAGAAGUGGAAACCUAUGAAUAUUUCCAACCCUUCUACUCGUCUAAGAAUGGCAAGGAAUAUGCCACAGUGGAUGAACAAAUCGGGCAGUGGUGUUCCAGCCCCGCCAGUACCAAACGACGAUAGAAUGAUGAAACAAGCGAAGCACAAGCAUAAAAUGGACGAACCAGACUACGAAGUGAUAGAAUUCGGUCAGUAUUCAAAUGCCACACCACCAUUGCCAGCGAAGAAUGUAAAUCAUAAAAAGCCAGAGGGACAUCGUUGUCAAUUGUGCGGUUCUUCAGCUUCAAAUAUACACUGUGAGCAAUGCAAACAGGUAUUCUGUGUUUCCUGUGAUGAUAUGUACCACAGACAUCCUAAACGACAGACACAUAUACGAAGAAGACUUGAACAGACUAUUAGACCUCCAUUGCCGCCCAAAGGAGAAGCAGUUUCCGCACCAGUACCGCCCCCUAGACGUCACAGAAGAGGCGGAUCCAUAGGACCCUCUCCCUGCCAAAGUCCUACUUUUAGCAGACAUCCUCAGGUGAACAGGUCCUCCACAAUGCCUAGAAGGGAAAGUCAGGAUGGUAUAUCUUUGAAAGAUAAAUUCGUCAAUUUGAAACGAGAGGUUCUAGGAAAUAGACCCCUGCCACCACCGCCCUCUAGUCCUUUCCAGUCAGAAGUCUCUGCACCUUCAUUCGACAGCAGUAGAAGGCUAGUUCCUAGCCCAAGUCCAUCACUGCAACAACGUUACAGACAACACCAGCUUGCCAUGCGAGGAACUGUCUCGAAUUUAUCAGAUUUCGAUCAGAAUUUCAACAGAGAUAUGGGCUAUCCCGACGCAGAAGGAGGUCAGUGGAAUGGUCGAUCUCGAACAGGAAGUAUUUCUGGCUCUGAUAUUGGUAGAAGAAGUUCCAGGAAGUUGAGUAAUAUAUCCUAUCCUCCUUCUGAAAGAGACGGAUCUGAUCAUUCUUCCAGUUUUAAUGUAAAUAAUCCAAUGAUGCACCAUCACCACCACCAUGGUUUCAUGCCUGUUCAACAAGCCCAAUCUAUGGCAAAUCUAAACUAUCCACCUCCCUGUUGCCAAAAUCCUUGGAUGAAUCAGUUUGGAUACGACCAACAGCUCCACGGUAGCAACCUUAGUUUGAAUAUAGCUCCAAGGGGAUAUAUGAUGAAUCCAGUAUGGAUGGGACCAUGGCAUAAUCCACCCAAUGUUCCUAUGUAUCCUCCAUAUUCAAUGUCUAUGAGUAACGUACACCAUCCAGGAUACACCCCUUCAAGACCAGGAUCUCCUACGCAAAGUAUUAAGUCCAGAAAAUCAACUCUAAGCAGAAAAAGCAGAAAAAAAUACGUUGAAGAUACGGAAGAUGAGGAUGAUGAUGAUAGAAGAUCAACUUUCAGCCAUCAUAGUGAAAGAAAGUCUUCUAGAGGAAGACUUCCAGCUAAAAGAGACAGCGUCAGUAGAGAAAUUCCUAGCAGAAGUUUUACAGAGAGGCAGCCGUCUGUAUCCAGAAGCAAGCGUAGUAUGCAUACUCCAUCUAGUGAUACCGACGACGAGUUAUCAGAAGAAGGUAACAAUCGUCUGAAACCUAGCGUGGUUAACGAUGAAAAUGGAUCUGAGUACGACAAUAUCCCUAAAGAGGCAAAAGAAAUUCCUAGUGAUACCCAAUGGGAAUGCGAACAUUGUACAUUUGUAAACGAACCUGGCGUCAAAGUAUGCAUGGUCUGUUGCAAAACGUCUACACUUUCAAGAAAAAUCAAAAAGGAAGACUCCAUUCCCAAAGAAACAGAAAAGGUUCACAUCAACGUAUCAAGUGAUGACUUCAGUAAAGAUUGCAGCGAGACCGAAUCAGUGUUGAACAAACUUGGAAAGUUGACCAUAUCAGACAACGAUACCAAAAUCCAGCAGAUCGAAUCAAAGAAAGGCAGUGAAGAAAAAAGUGAAGUGGACAAAAAUAAUAACGUUCCAAAAGAGGAAAUAGAAACUGUGAAGAGUAUUGGUACGUCAAGUGAAGUGCAAACAAAGGAAGUGAUACAGUGUGUGUCAGAAAGUCAGGACAAGAGGCCUCCGAGAAAUGUAGCGUCUAUUUCAACUGGUACUUCGCCUCCACCGCAGAAUAUGUCCACACAGACAUAUGAAGAUAUAGUAAAUGAAACUAAAAACCAAUCCAGAGGACGCAGUCGAAGCAGACGUAGUGAGUAUCUGAAGAGAUCUCAAUCCCUACAUUCUGCCAAUUCUCAGGCUCAUUCUGAAUGGUCGUCACUUCAUCGAUCUCCAAGUGGAAUGUCGUAUACAACUGAUUCACAGAGUUUACCUGGAAGUCGCGAAGCGAGCCCUGUACCAUAUGUUGAAGACAUGCCUUAUAAAAAAUAUAGACCUGUGAGUAGAAACCGAACAUCGCAACCUGAGAUAAGACUUACCCGGAGCAUUAUGGAUCUUAGAAAACCCGAACUUUAUAGAAGACCUAGCCAAGUCGACUUGGGAUACUAUAGGAUGGAAAACAUGCAUCCAAGUCACCUUCGACCAGAGCCUUUUCCACAUCACUUCGAGAGAGAAAAUGGAGAACUCAAUCAAAAUGGUUAUGAUCCUUUCCAAAGCUCGGGAAUGGAGGUCGUCAAACUGCUUCGUGAGGCAGAACAAUAUAAAUAUACAGCUGACGAACUACAAGCCGCCCUUAUCCAUUGUAAAGACACCAAUCCCAUCGAAUGGCUAAAGGAGCACUGGGAACCAACUAUAUCCAGUGUCCAAACUCUAGCCACGCAAAUGGGUCGUGAAGGACCCAUCAACAUAGUUGGUACUGUAUCCAAAGUUGAAGCCAGAGAUGCUUUGAGAAAGCACAAGGGAAGCAUGUGGCCGGCUGUAGAGGAAUGUGUGGAACAACGACAGAAAAAGUAUGCUGAUUUGGCUUCCCGAGGAGACUAUAAUAGAGAAGAUAUCAUAACAGUGUUAACGGCAAAUCACGGUGACUUGGAAGCUGCAUACAGUGAGCUCAGUAAAAUGCAACUGAAACCUUUUCUAAUGAGGAUUUGGGGCCCGCCGGUGGGUAUUGAGAAUGAGGCAGGUAAUGAGGGGGUCAGCGUUAGUGCUUUUGACGGGGAAGAGGCAUCUAUUGAUGAUAGUUUUUUAAGAUCAGAAUCAAAAGCGGUAAGUACCCCCACUUCAAUAGUUAGUCAAAACUCUUCAGAAAACUUGUUUUUACCAAUAUCUCCACUACCAGAAGAUACAGAGAAAAUAAACAGAGAUCAAGAAGCUGAUGAUAACAGGGAGGCAUUGGAUAAUUUGGAGUUAGAGAUUUUAAAAAAUUUGGAAGAUAUCAAAUUGUUGAGUUUGAAUCUAAUUAAUGAAAACGAAGCUGUUGUCAGUAAUACAAUAAAAUAUGAUGAAAUUAAAGACAAAGAAAAAGAUAGAAUAAUAUUUCCAAAAGUCGAAAAAUUUCACAGCAAUCUGCAAUCAAAAAACGAUGCAGCGGAAAAAGAUUCUUCUACUGGCAUUGUAAAUAUAGAGUCUAGUCAGCAGCAAAUGACAAUCCCAUCUACUAAUAUUAAUACAGAGAAUAUCAAUAUAGAUAAUACUUUAAAAACAAAUUUUAAUGACAACAUUCACCAACACAAUCUUCAAAACUAUUUAGAAGAGAAUGAACCUUUUAUAGAAAGUCAUACAAGCAAACCAGAUUCAGUAAAACCUGUUGAAGCAAUAGAAUCUAAUAUACAUCUUCCAGGCACUUCAGCUACUGCUAUAAAUCAAAAUAAUGAAUUUGUUGAACCUGUAACGUCUGUCAAAGAAACUGAGAUCAAAAAAGACGUUACAAACAUCUCAGUUGCUGCCACGGCACAUGCCAACGAAUUUGUUCAUCCUACAGCACUCCCUGAAGAUAAAACUGAUAAUUCAGUAGCCAGUUAUGAAGAAACUAAACCAAAAAAUAAGUUUUAUAUAGAAAAAAGUAGCACUGUGAUCCAUAUAGAUGAUUAUCCCAGUACAUCACACAUUUCUAACAUUACUUCUGAUGACGAUAGUCAUCAUGAAUUUGAAGAUGCUCUGGAUACCACUCUAGAAGCUGUAGUGCCUUCAAUGACUAUCAAAAAAGACGAAAUAGGUAAUAAAGAACCCUCAAUAGUAGAACUGUCAACUAAGGAAGUUAACAAGAAACCAGAAAUUGAAUUUCUACCUACUGAGAAUACCGAGAGUAUUGCUAAAGACUCUUUAACAUCAAUAAAACCAGUAAAAAUAGAGACAGAAGCAGAUAUUUCAGUUAUUGAUAAUAGUACGAAUAUAACAGCCCUUCCAGUAAAAGAGGAAAGUAAAAACUUAAAAAGAAAGACUAGUAUAUCAACUAUAAAUAUAUUUUUUGGCGAAAGAAAUGCUGAUGGCUCUGCUGCGACUGAUUUAAGCACAUCUGGUAACAAAAAUGUAUUAGAUGACGAAGAAAACACAAUUGUUGAAAGUCAGGCCUCAAUUAUGUUAAAACCUGUGGCUAAGAAUGAAAUCAACAAACCAAAUGUAGCUAUACAGGAGCCACAAAGAGCUACUUUUGACGAAAACCAAAACAAUAACAACAAAUGCAAAGAAGAACAGGUUCAAGAGGUAUCAAAGCAACACAUUAUAUCAAAAAAUGAACAACCAUUAGAAGAAAACGACAGAAAAAAUGUAGAACAAAUAAAAAUAGAGACUGAGAUAGUUCAGAAUAGAGAUAUAACUAAUAAUCAAGGUGAUAUUGGACAUUCAGCAAAUAGUAAUGUUGAAAUAGUCAAUUCUGAGGAACAAAAUGAGGAAAAAGACAAAGGAUGUGACUUAAUUCAUGAAAAUGAUGUUGAAGUCACACCUCAUAAUGCAAGUAAUAUCGAACAAAACGUAUCUAAGUGUGAGCCUAUUACUUCUGUAGAUGUUGCGUCUGAAGAUCAAAUAACAGAAACUCAAAUUUCUACUUCUAGUAUAACUGAGAUUACACAGGCCAACUAUGAUGAAAAUAACUCUCAACAGAUAGGUAUUAAUCAAGAAAACCUGUCAAUAUCUGAAUCUAAAGAUUCAAAUAACGAUGCACCUGGAAGUUCAAUAAAAUACAAAGAAGAAGCAAGUAGUAAACAAGAUUUCGGUAUAGAUAAAGUUGUAGCAAAUAUAACUGAACCUAAUAUUGAAAAGAAUGUGUUCAACAAGAAGGGUGAAGAUGCACUAGACAGUUCAACAAAUCACAAAGAAGAAGGAAAUAAUCAACUAGAUUUAGGUGUAGAUACAGUGAUAGUAAAUAUAACUGAACCUAAUAUUCAAAUAAAUGUGUCAAAUAAGAAAGAAGAAGACGCACCUGGCAUUUCAACAAAGCCCAAAGAAGAAGCAAAUAAUCAACUAGAUUUGGGUAUAGAUAAAGUUGGAGCAAAUAUAACUGAACCUAAUAUUCAAAGAAAUAUGUCCAAACAAAAGAAAAAAAGUCGAGAAAUAAAAACAAACAGCACCGGUAAAGCGCAGGAAAAUAAUUUACAAAUAACUAAAAGUAAAACUCAGAAAACAUUGGCUAAAGAAGCUUCAGAGGGAAAGGUUGAUAAUCAACAAGUAGUUAAAGAAUCUAUUGAACUGGAAUCUAAAAACAAUAACAUUCUAAAUAAUAUACAGAUUCCAGACAAAAAUUUAGUAGCAGAAAAUCUUAAUAAAGAGAUUUUAAAAACAGAAAGCAAUUAUAAUAGUACCAAUGAAGUAUCUCCCAAAGAUUCUAGUUUAAUUUGUACUAAUAAAGAUAAUACUGCAAGAGAAGUAUCUCAAAAAAAGAAUGAAGUUAGAGCUAAAACAGAAUAUAGAAAAAAUGUUAACUAUGAUUCUGAUGAAGAAUCUAGUAACUACCAAAACAGUUUAUCCAGGAAUACAACAUUCAAAAUCACCAGGAGAAGACCUGUCAAGAAAAGAAAUAAAAACGAAAGAUCUUCUAGUCAGAAAAUCAAGUCAAAGGCAAAACCUCUUGAAAUGCAAGAUAGUAGAAGUGAGGUCUUAGGUAGCAACGUCAUGGAUAAUAAAGAAUAUACAAAUAAAAAUAAAGAAGAGUCCACUACAAUAGUAGAAGCAAAACAAGGAACCUCAAAAGAUGAAGUAGAACAUAAAGAAGUGAUUGGUCAAUCUAAUAAAGUAGAGCCUAAAGUUACAACUCAAGUUCAAAUGUCACAAAAUCCCCAAACAAUUCCCGUAGCAAAGAAACCCUCAAAGAUCCCCCUCUUAAAACAACGUUGCGUGUCUUUAACAAAUGCGCUACUUUCGCCAUCGCCAAGUCCAAGUAAAAUCCCUAUAAAGAACAAAUUUUUCUUCAAUAAGUCUCCUUCUGUAACACCAGACCGCGAAAGUAAAAAAGAUGUAAAGGAAGCAGUUAGCAUACCAUCAACACCAAGUUCAAGAGACACCAGCCCUAUGAUAGCCAUCCCAGAUCAACUGGACAGACUUGAUCCUAAAAACAAAUUAAAAAUGCUAUCGACAAAUAAAGGAUCUUUUGAAUCUACCACUAGUUCCAAACAACUCUCUUAUACGAAAUCGUUGGACAAUGAUAGCGAGUCUUCUGUAUCUGACAGUAAUAUUGAAGAAUUGCUGGAAGACGAUGACAGCUAUGACGAGGUACAAGAGUACGGACCUGUAGAUUCUGAAGAAUCUGAUGACUUCGACAGAAUAAACUCGAAUAUUGAAAGACUUAAUCUUAACCUGAAUAGAGACAACACUGUGAUCGAUAUGAGCAAGAAAAAGGAUUUGAGAAACUAUAGUAUAGAGGAAACCUGUGAAUCAGAGGAAUAUUCUGAUUACGUAGAAGAGGAAGAAGUAGAAGUGAGUGAGUACGAGGACGACGAAGGUGUGGAUGAUGAUGAAGAAGACGAGGAAGAGGAGCAUAAGCAUAAACCGGUAACGGAUAUGGAGCGGCACGCGCGACAACUUCUCGCUGAAGGAAAAGUCGAUAAUUAUGAACAAGCUGAAAUUGCAGCCAGUCUACUACUGCUAAAAUUUUCGACUGAAGAAGCUCUUGAAGCUGUAAAAGACUGUAAUUCCGUAGACGCCGCUAUAGCUUUUCUGCAACAGGACUGCGAGCUUUGUGCGGGGAAAUAUCCCAUGAAAGAGAUAAUUUCUAUGUUAAAAUGCACCCACAGAUGUUGCCAAGAUUGUGCGAAAAAUUAUUUCACAGUCCAAAUCACCGAUAGAAGUAUUAUGGAUUGCAGCUGUCCUUUUUGUAAGCAACCAGACUUAACCAGUUCAGAAACAAACGAAGAUGAAGUGACUGAGUACUUUGGAAAUCUGGAUAUUCUAUUAAAAGGGAUUUUGGAUGUCCCGGUGCAUGAACUUUUUCAAAGGAAGCUGAGGGAUAGAACUUUGAUGCAAGAUCCACAUUUCAAGUGGUGUAUAAAGUGGGAAAAACAGCAUGAGGGGAUCACAUGCGAGAAAUUCGCGGAAUGGAAAGACGCCAAUGACCCCGAGAACCAAGCCUCUGGCGUUACGAAACAUCUCGCUGAAAACGGAAUAGACUGUCCUAAAUGUAAAUUCAGAUAUUCGCUAUCAAAAGGUGGUUGUAUGCAUUUUACUUGCACUCAGGAUAAAGAACCACAUGAACUAGAAAAAUUACUAAAGGAUAACAAAGUUGAAUAUAGACUGGAUGUGAACCAAGGUGCUGAAGAUAAUGCUUCUGCUGUGAUGAAAUGCCUAAUACCUCUACAAAAAGAAACACCGACCGGUUUGUUAGAUACUGUAUGUAAUAAUGAAGUGACUCCAGGACAAUCAGGUCUUUGCAGGAACCAUUAUCUUGAAUAUUUGUGUCUUUUGAUUCGCAAGUACAAUCUUGAAACAAUAGACAUGUUGACAGCAGAUGAUUUGGAGACUGUAGUAAGAAGAGCUUCUAAAAAGUUGCCCCCUAAUGCAUUUGGAACCCCUCGCGAAAUGUAUAGAUCUCGUUUAAAACAGGUACACAAAAACGUUGAGCCUCUUUCCAAAAGACAUUAUUUUAAGAUAUAA